GAGGUGAGGCCGCGGGGCCAGGGCUGCGCGGCCCUGCGCGGCCCUGCGCUGUCAGGCACGCCGGGGGGUCCCGGCCGGCGGGUGCUCCGCAGCGCCCGUGGAGGCGGCCUCGCCGCGGCCCGGCUUCGGGCCCUUCAUGCCGGGGCCGGCGGCCUGCGUUAAGGGGAGAGGGCGGGCUGCAGGAGAGGCUGGGGCUGCCAGGCCGCGGAGCCCGGCGUGGCGUUCGGCUGCCCGCGGUGCUGUCAGGUUUCAGGUUAUUUAGACAUCCAGAUCUCUUUAGAUACAGCUUCGUUGGCUGGAACUGCUUGUGGCUAGAAAUCAUGAAGAAAAUUCUUGCAUAAAACUUUCAUAUGACUGAGGCCAUGGCAUCUUCAACAAACUUAGACGUUGCAGCCCAGUUAAUUGUGGAAGAAUGUACCGCUAGCUACAGCCUUCCGCCCAUGCCGGACAUCAAAGUGGAGCGUCAGCUUGACUCUAGCACAGAGGAAGGCCCAGCUCAGAGUGUCACCAUGGGAAUGAAAUUCAUUUUGCCCAAUAGAUUUGAUAUGAAUGUCUGCUCGCGAUUUGUGAAAUCUUUGAAUGAGGAGGACAGUAAAAAUAUUCAAGACCAAGUUAACUCUGACCUUGAAGUGGCAUCUGUCUUAUUUAAAGCUGAAUGCAACAGCCACACUUCUCCUUCCCCUGGUAUCCAAGUAAGACAUGUUUAUACUCCAUCAACUACUAAGCAUUUCUCACCAAUAAAACAAUCAACUACCUUAACUAACAAACACAGGGGAAAUGAAGUCUCUACAACGCCCCUUCUUGUAAACUCUUUAUCAGUUCAUCAGCUGGCAGCUCAGGGAGAAAUGUUAUAUCUGGCCACGCGUAUUGAACAAGAAAAUGUAAUCAAUCAUAAGGAUGAAGAAGGAUUUACCCCUCUGAUGUGGGCUGCAGCUCAUGGGCAGAUAGCAGUAGUGGAAUUUCUCCUCCAAAAUGGCGCAGAUCCUCAGAUUUUGGGGAAAGGACGAGAAAGUGCCCUCUCAUUGGCUUGCAGUAAAGGAUACACAGAUAUUGUCAAAAUGCUACUUGACUGUGGAGUUGAUGUUAAUGAGUAUGACUGGAAUGGAGGCACACCUCUACUAUAUGCAGUACAUGGGAAUCAUGUGAAAUGUGUAAAAAUUCUCCUCGAAAGUGGUGCUGAUCCAACUAUUGAAACAGAUGCUGGCUAUAAUUCCAUGGAUUUGGCUGUAGCCUUGGGCUAUCGGAGUGGUGAGUAUUGCAAAUGUAAAUUCUUUGAUUUUGAUUUUUACUGCUCCUUGUUUAUGUAGCUGCUGUAAUGGUCUAACAGAGGUUUUGCAGCUGUUAGAAGAUCCCUAUCCUACUACUACACCUAAAUGUAUCAACCCAAAAUGGAUAGGAAUUUCUGUCCCUGUCUCAGAAAGCCAAAUACCUAGUAAGAAAGUGUCACUGGCCUGGACCUGCAUCUGUGGGCACAGAUAAUGGUGUGUAGGGCUGAUGCAGCCCUAAGCUGCUCUCCCACCCUGUACAAAAGGGUGUGUGUUGCACCAGACAAUGAUAAGAGACCUGCAGCCCUCCUGAUCCACUCACCCUGGCACUUUGUUGAUUGGCAUGAUGUGAUGUAGUUUGCAAAACCUUCUUUCUCUUUCAGACUAGCUCUAGUUUGUCUUGGAGACAAACAGUAACAGCCAGAAUCAGUGAAUUAGGUGACCUAACUUGUUUCUAGAAAAAGAGGCAAAGAAGGGUCUCUUCAUUGUUUUUCCCUCAUUCUGCCCUCAUUUUGAAAGCUGUGAAAUGCCCGUCAUUAUAGAAAUGAACUGCAUCCUGAAAUAUGCCCAGCACUGCAUGUGUAGCUUCUCCAAGCAGGUCCCUGUGCUUAUGGGGUGGCAGUAACUUUAUUAAUGUCUAGAUAUAGGACUCCUUCAAGAGUUCACUCUCAAAACAUUCUACAGAAGUGGUUUUUAAUAAAUAUUUUUGCCUACUUUCCAUUUAUAGGCUUAAAAAUUUGUUUUCCGUAUGCAUCAGUCUAUUCAAACUAGAGAACAGAUCAUCACCUCCAAAACCCAUCAUCUAUCUUACUGGGUGUACUGGUUUUGCAUUGUAUGAGGCUUUUAUUUUCUGAAGGGAUACAAACUCUCUUCCCACAGUGAAUUUAUUCCUGUUUGGUUUUUAUUAAAUGAUUGUACAGGACAAGCUGGCAUCUACCAGGAAAAAAUAGUACAGCCCUAAAAAUGUGAAAAAACAUUGAACACUGAUUAACUCGAUCUUUUUCUCUGCUUUAGUUCAACAGGUUAUUGAGUCUCAUUUAUUAAAGCUACUUCAAAAUAUCAAGGAAUAAUGGUUGGCUCUUUUGCGGGUGCCAGUUCUUGGCUUGGACAUUUGAACUGCUUUUUAGCCCUAUAAUCAGUGACAAGGGUUGGUUGUUUUUAACUUUACCUCAGUUUAACUACUUGCUGGUUUUAGUUAAGCUUUUUAGUAUUCUUCCUCCUCUUUCAUUGUUGUUCAUAGAAAUAUGCAAUGUCAUCUUUUUCUUAAAAAUAUUUUAUAUAAUUUUAGAAGAAAAAGACGUGUGUUCUACUUCAUGUCAUUGAUACAUGUUCCCAAGAAGAAAUUUGUUUAGACAAUUGAGGUGUGUCACCAUAGAAGAUAACACGUCUUUACUGUUAAUAAUAACAAAAUGUGCACCACGUGUGAUUGUUUUCAAUCCCCAGUUAAAACUACUGCAUAAGCUUUUGGCUUCAUCUGAUUUUUAAGUUGGUAAUAAAUUGAAAGGCUUUGAUGAUGGUAGUUUAAUUCCUACCUGAUUUCUUCCUACGUCCCUUCCUGUUGUAGUCCUGAAACAACUAGGCUAGAGCAUCCUAGGUAGAAACUUCUCUGGUAAAAGGAAGCCAAAUGGCAAGUGCAGAAUUCCUAGCUCCUAAAUACCCUCUCUGCAGUGGCUAGAAGCAGCCAUCAGCUGUACAGGAAAACAAGCCAAAGUCUACUGCAUUCCAGCCUUCUUCAGCCAAAGUGUGCUCCUUUGGAUCAUAGAAUCAUAGGAUAUCUCAACUUGGAAGGGACCCAUAAGGAUCAUCAAGUCCAACUCCCUGCUCCUCACAGGACUACCUAAAAUGAAACCAUACGAGUAUCACCCAGGCAUCCCUUGAACUCUGACAGACUUGGUGCCAUGACCGCUUCCCUGGGAAGCUUGUUCCAGUGACCAACUACCAUCUCCCUGAAGAACGUUCUCCUAGUGUCCAGCCUGAACUUUCUCUGACACAGAUUCAUUUCAUUUCCUCCAGUCCUGUCGUUGGUCACCAGAGAUCAGCACUUCUCCCUCUGCUGCCCCACCUUGAGGCAGUUGUAGGCUGUGAUGAAGUCGCCCCUCAGUCUUCUCCAAGCUGAGCAAACCAAGUAACCUCAGCUGCUCCUCAGAAGUCUUGCCCUCAAGGCCUUUCACCAUCUUGGUCACUCUCAUCCGGCCACACUCUAAUGGUUUGAUGUCGUUCUUAUACUGAGGUAUCCAAAACUGGACACGGUACUCAAGUUGGGGCUGCACUGGUGCAGCACAGAGUGGGACAAUCACCUCCCUUACCAGCCAGCUAUGCUAUGCUUGAUGCACCCCAGGACACGGUUGGCCCUUUUGGCUGCCAGUGUACACUGUUGGCUCACAUUCAACUUGGCAUCAAUGCAAAUCCACAGAACUCUCUUUGCAGGGCUGCUUUCCAGCUUCUCAUCCCCUUGUUUGGCAGGAUGUCCCAGCAUAGCUGUUCAAGUAGAACAGCAAUUGUGGUUUUGAGAUUAGUUUAAAAAGUAGACAGUGUGCACUGAUUUUCUGAGUCCCCUGCACUGAGUGAUGGGACAUGUGAUAGUUUUGGACAAAUAAUAGAUAAACUUUUGAAAGAGACUUCUCAGAAGCUUUUUCCCUGACUGUACAUACAGACGACCUACGCAGUGUUCCCAUGUUUUCAUAAGCAUUUCUCCAUUGUGUCCACUAGAGGUCCAGCAUCCAGUCACAUCCAUGCACCCCUAGCUCCUGCCUUCCUUCACUGCUCCAUGUAAUGUUUCUAUUUGAAAAUAUUCCAUGCACAAAGGAAAUCAAUACAGUUUAAAGUACAUGCACUGUAAUCCUGACCAAGGAUACUGGAAGGCUGGGGAGUAAUCCAGCUGAGUUUUUCUGAGCGAGAGCCAGAAAAAUAAUUAAUUCGAAACGUACAUAAACUUUGUUAUUUCAAAGUGACUAAAUAUACAAUAGAGGAAAAUGUAAGGAGACAAAAAAAAUCCAAACCUCCAUGGAUUAAACCUGAAUUUCCAGCCAAAUUUCUCUAUGACUUUACUGAAACAUCUGUGCUGUAUAGAAGGUGUAAAUUGGGUCAGAAUUAACCUCUGAAAGGUUGUGCAAGAGCAAGUUCAGAGAUCCAUUUCUUUCAUGAAGCUGAAAACUGAAAUGUAAUGAACCUAAGGGAGGUGAAGCAGGAAAACGUUAUUGGCUCUGCAGAUGCUGGUGAAAUCCUUGCUGCAUUUAAGUGAGUAUUCUCUCUCUCCCAGGCUUUGACACUUGUAUUUUUUAUGUAGGGUUUUACACCAGUUUUACUGUAUCAUGCAUGAUUAAAUCAGAUGAAAGAAACAGUAAAUCCAACAUGCCUUGAAAGCAAGGUAGGGAAAUUGUUUCAUAAUGAAAAUCUAGAAAAAUGUGUCUUACUGCAGGUAAUUUUAAAAUAACAUGAAGUGGCCAUUACUGUAAAAUUGCAUAUUAUAAAUACUGAGAUUUAAUGGCCUUUGUAAAAACAAAUGUUGAACUUCCAUGUUUGUUGAAAAGCAAUGCAAAAAUAAUGCCAACCAUCUUUUCUGGAAACAUCAUAACCUGACCUAUUUGUGAUUACUUUUUAAGACACCUUGUGUAUAGACAUGCUAUACAAGUAUGCGUAAGUACCAGAAUUUGCUUUUUCUGUAUUAUUUGUGUUACAGGAAAAUACUUGUUCUAAAUUAUGAACCUUCUAUAUCUGCUUUGUAUUUUGUCUUGCACAUCAAUAAGCAUUGAGUUAAUAUAUAGGAAAUAAACUGACUAAUCCUUAA